AUGACGAAAACUACUGCCACUGAUGUUAUUGACUAUCUAAGAACUCUUUUUGCUCUGUUUGGUUUACCCAACGAGUUAGUCUGCGACAGUGGUCCACCAUUUAAUUCACAAGAGUUUAGUCAAUUUCUACAGAAGAAUCAAUGUCAUCUUUUGCAUUCACCUGUCACUCAUCCUGCGUCCAAUGGGCAAGCAGAGAACAUGGUGAAGAACUUCAAGAAGACUUUGAUGAGGCAGUUACUUGGUCCAGAGACUAGUAAGAGAACCAUUGCACAUCAAGCUAAACUCCGUCUGAGCUGGUUCUCAAGAGAAAGAAUACAGUCUCAACAAGAAAAGAUCAAGAAUCUUCACCAGAAUGAAAGAAGAUUCAAGCCUGGUGAUAAAGUCUGGGUCAGAGUCGAGGUAGAAAAGCAAAUGAUUUACAAGCCUGCUAGCAUUGUGAAGAAAGUGAGUGAAAACUACUAUGACAUCGAGUUGAACGGCCGACUGAGGCAUACCUCAUCAGAGCACCUGUUUGACCGAGAUCCACUGGCUGAACCAAUUAGCUUGAAGGCUUUACCUCGACCUGCUAUUGAAAUACCAGAAAAUGAACAAUUCCUAGUUCAAAAUCCCACUCCAGUUCCCGUGAUAAAUUCUGCCAACAAUUCUACUCCUGUGGCAUCAUCACCGGGAGAGCUUGCAACACAAGUUCCAAGUGUGCAAUCUUCGUCAGCAACUCCUGCGAAAGCUACUCCUAUUCUGACGGCUUCUAAUCCAACUUCUUCUGCGGAGAGAAUGCCGCCGAGAAAGUUAUUUCAAACUGCUGUACCUUCUAGCAGACCACAGCGCAAUGCUGGUUUGCCUUCCCGCUACCGGGAUUACUUUGUUAAACUGUGA